GAGGGGGGAGAACUUUCCCCAUAGACAAAGCUUGGCUCACUCAGCGAGACGAUGCCUUUCUCUUGUCCGGUCUCACAAGCCGCUGCUCUUUGGAUUUGGUGAUUCCUGAGGUUAUUCCUGCCAGUUAUUUAACAGGACGGAGAGAAACUGAGCCAGAGGAUGCUCCCGCAAGUUAUUAGGAUUCUGUAUAUAUUGUCAUUGUUCUUUUUCCAAGGAGGCUUCAUCAGACUGAGCUCCUGCAAGGAGGAGAUAAAGCCCCCCGGCAGGGCAGGACCACAGCUAUCACCUUCUGACUUUUUGGACAAGCUCAUGGGGAGAACAUCUGGAUAUGAUGCCCGCAUCAGACCCAACUUCAAAGGCCCGCCUGUGAAUGUCACCUGUAAUAUUUUCAUCAACAGCUUCGGUUCCAUCACAGAAACUACCAUGGACUACAGGCUCAACGUUUUUCUACGGCAAAAAUGGAAUGACCCACGUCUGGCAUACAGCGAAUAUCCGGAUGACUCCCUCGACCUGGACCCCUCCAUGUUGGACUCGAUCUGGAAGCCGGACCUGUUCUUUGCCAAUGAGAAAGGAGCCAACUUCCACGAGGUCACCACAGACAACAAGCUGCUGCGGAUCUUCCAAGAUGGCAGUGUGCUGUACAGCAUCAGGCUGACUCUUACCCUGUCCUGCCCUAUGGACUUGAAGAAUUUCCCAAUGGACAUUCAGACCUGUACCAUGCAGCUUGAAAGCUUUGGAUACACCAUGAAUGAUUUGAUCUUUGAGUGGUUGUCCGACAACCCAGUGCAGGUGGCUGAUGACCUCACCCUCCCCCAGUUUGUGCUGAAAGAAGAGAAGGAUCUGGGCUACUGCACUAAAUACUACAACACGGGAAAAUUCACCUGCAUCGAGGUGAAAUUCCACCUGGAGCGCCAGAUGGGUUACUACUUGAUACAGAUGUACAUCCCUUCCCUCCUCAUCGUCAUCCUGUCUUGGGUCUCCUUCUGGAUCAACAUGGAUGCUGCCCCUGCCAGAGUGGGCCUUGGAAUCACCACAGUGCUUACCAUGACUACGCAGAGUUCAGGCUCCAGAGCCUCACUGCCAAAGGUGUCCUAUGUAAAGGCCAUCGACAUAUGGAUGGCCGUUUGCUUACUGUUUGUGUUUGCUGCCCUGUUGGAGUAUGCAGCAGUUAACUUCGUCUCAAGGCAACACAAAGAGUUUAUCAGGCUGAGGAAGAAGCAGCGGCGGCAGAGAAUAGAAGAGGAACUGGUGAGGGAGAGCCGUGGGUUUUACUUCCGGGGCUACGGACUGGGUCACUGCCUCCAGACCAAGGAUGGUACAGCUGUGGAAGGGGCCACCGUCUUCAACCCCCCGCCUCCGGUAACCCUGUACGACGGGGAGGUACUCCGCAAGCGUUUUGUGGACCGGGCAAAGCGCAUUGACACCAUUUCCAGAGCCGUGUUUCCUCUGAGCUUCCUCAUAUUCAACAUCUUCUACUGGGUCACGUACAAAGUGCUGCGACACGAGGACAUCCACGCAAACUUGUAA